AUGUCAGAGCACUUUGUAGAAUCCCAGUGGUCUUCAGAUAAUUCAGCACUUCCCAAAAACCUGACACUCAUCUGCGACACAUCUGAAAGUCAGCAUGGAUCGGUUUAUUGGAAGAAAAACCUGAAAUGGGUAGGAAAUGGCAGGACUUUGAAGAUAAGAGUUAGAGGGACUCCGGAUGCUGGCAAUUAUACCUGUUGGAGUAACACUACACAGGAGCUUCUAAGUUCCAAUGCUGUUUACAUUACAAAGAAGAAUGAAAAAGGAGAAAUAGAUGAACCAAUCCUCAAGAAAGAUCCAGAGAAAAAGGUCUAUUUCUACUGUGAAGCAAAUAAUUAUUCAGGGAACUUCACAUGCUUUUGGAAAGUGCAGAGUCCAAAUCCAAACCUGAAAUUUCGGAUUGAAUAUGAAGAUGAAAAUCAAAAUAAGUCUGCAUCACGAACAAUUAUUUGUGACAUUAAGUCUGACAAAACAAACACAGAAUAUUCGGCUUCCUGCAGAAGAGAAAAUCCCUGUUCAUAUACCGAGGAGUAUGGACUAAUUGCAGUGUCUCUUCAUGUUUUUUUGACGGAUGUAUUUGUCUAUGAAAAACAUACCAGAAGUUUCUUUAUCAAGGACAUCUUAAAGCCGGAUAUUUCUCCGUGCCAUGUUACCAGAACUGGCAAAUUGAUUUUGUUACAUCCUACAACCUGGAGCACCCCAGUUUCUUAUUUUGGGCUUACUUACCAGAUCAAAAUCGUUUUCAACAAUAAUGAAGAGAUUUCUGAAGUUGAUCAUUCAUUAUUGCUUCAACAUGGAGACAACAUGACCAUUACUAAGAAACUGUGUCGCUUUUCUGGUUACCGCUGCUUAAUUCGAUCCCGGGAUCAUUAUAACAGCCAUUCUGCUUGGAGCAAUUGGUCAGAUUGCAGAGUAGAAACUUUUGAGGAGUUACUAGCUUUCCUCCAUUCUUUAAAAAGUAAAAAGUAA